GCUCGGUCAACUGGAAUGUGUAUUAUCCAUAUGGGAGAUCUUCCAAUCGAGAAGAUCCAUCGAUCUGAGACGAAGAGAAAGGGCCCAUUUUCUUUACUUAUUCAGUUAAACCAAGGAUUCGUUAUGGAAACAGAUAGCAACAACCAUUUCAUCAGACAUGCGUAUUUUUGAUUAUCCGGUGGAUUUACACAGUUUCAUUAAUGCAAAUUGUUUGAUGUAGUUAGUACUCAGGUUAUUCGACGCUCAAGAAUUCUUAUUUAGGCAGUUCAUAUCAUCCCAUACAUAGUGUUUUGAUCUAAGAUUGCAAUUCUUCCAUGUUUCCGCAGUAGCAUAUUGUUCCAUGGAGCUAGGGUCCAAAAUAGGAAUCAACAAGUGUUUCCACGACUCUACCGCCCGGCCAAUCCUGUUCCACUGAAUCCCCUCCCUUUUUCAUGGCCACAUAUCUUUACGGCUAAGGAGUGGGAAAUCUUUCUCCUGUUACACAAAUGAAAUGUUUCAUUUCAUCCGGGAAAAGCCACCUCUUUCUCCACAAACAAUGUCUUUGUCAUUUGAUCCAGGAGCCUUCCGUUAGAUAGGAACAGCUUUGCUAAAUACUGAGAACUCUCGGAUAGAGUAUUAGAAUGAAAAGACCAUUAAUUAUAUAAGGAAGAGCCCAGGGUUCUAGCCCAUUCCCAUUCCUAAAUCAAUAAUUCGUAGUGCUUUUGCCUUUCUUGCGUACUCCUGGUGAACCAGUUGCUAGCCAUAUGUUUAGGAGGCUUUUUUCUCCAGGUACUGGUACUAAGCCGCUUUGCCAUCUCUUCAUCUUCAUCUGCAAAGAAUUCUCGACGUGAAAACACAGAGACAAAGGCCUGAUCUUUGAAUAGGAAAAAGAAUGGAUCCGAAGGUCCCAAAUCAAUUGGCUUAUUCGAAAAAAGCCUUCUUCUUUGAAAGAUAUAUCUCGUGUCUGGUACUGCAUUGUUCCACUCUGCAAGAAGUCCGAAUCAGUCUCUUGCACCUCCCCCUUUUUAUGAUAAAUAUACCAGAAAUAAUUCGAAUAAAUAGCAGUCUCUGACAACUCAUCCUCUUUAAUCUGCUUGGACCCGCUCCAAUACCCAUAGGAAAAUCCCCAGUCAUAUUCAGCGUACCUGUCCCUGCAAUCAAAUAGAUUGUCCCAAGGGCCCCAUAUUCUAGGAGCCCAAGUUAUGCUAUUGAAAAUUCGUUCCUCUAGCAGUUCCGGUUUGACCAUUCCGUUCCCUUUUUCAAACUCCACUUCUUUUCAUAUAGCAUCCCUAAUCAAAGAGAGAACAAUAUCCAUUUCAAAACAUUUCUAACGGAUUCCUUGGUUCGGACCGACGAAGUAAUGGCACUCGAUUAUUAUCAACCCGACUGCAAUCUUUUUCUGUCGGUAAGGAUUGCACCAGAGCACCUUCUACUUCUAAUAGGCCAUGAACUAUAGAUAGAGAAGAAUCAUUCUGAGCGAGUCCAUAAGAAGCGACCCACUUUUUCAUCGGUUCCGGGGGAAGACCAAAGAUCUUGCGCGACCGGUCCGCCAGAAAAACUCAAAAGAGAAAGAAGUCUCGUUAAUCUCUUCAUGCUCGUUCCAAGUUCGAAGUACCGUUUGGCCAAAGAAAAAGCCGCUUCCUGACACGAUUGCCUCUUUAUAUAGAUAGAUAUAGGAUCUAUGGGGUUAUUACUUAGAAGUCUAUUUUGUACAAGAUCCCCUCCUAUCUGAUAGAAAAGGGUCCCAUGAUCCCGAGCCGGUCUUAUCUUGGCUCGCAAACCCCAAGUUUGUCUAUGAAGAGCUAAUCUAAUUGUAUUAGUUUCUAUAAUGGAUUUCUUAUGUGGAAUACUAAUGGAUAGGGCCUCGUUGCUAAGUGCUACAAGAUCUAGUGCACUGGAACUCGUGGUUAUGGACCCGAAUCCUUUAGUAUGGAACAUUGUCUUUUCCAAGUAAAAACCCCUAGUAUAUGAAAGAAUGAAAAGGUGCUUUCGUUCUUGUGGAAUAAGAAGCCCUCGUACCUUAAUGAAAGGAAAAUAGGAAUUUUUCGUUAGGUAUUUGACCAAAUAGGAUUGUCCAGUUCCUAUAGAACCUAUCACUAAAAUACCCGAUAGGGCUAAGCGGAACGAAAAGGGUUUUCCAUGAGAUGGUAAAUGAAAACGAUUAGCCCCACACGAGGUUUGGGAAUAAGUGAUUGUCUGAUAAUGAGCAAGGAAUAUACGUCUUUCUGCUAAAGAGAAUCUAUUAAACUCAUAAUUCAUUAGAUCCUUGUUAGCAAUGUCAACUAGGUAUCAUAAGUAAAUGGAUCUCGGUUGUUCAAUCCUUUGAUAACCAAGGUCAUUCUUUGCUAAAGAGAAAUGAUCACUAUGGGUCAGACUCAAUAGAAUUGGAUCCAUUCCAAAUAGCGAGAAUUAGGAUUCUUGAUCCCUCUCAGUCUCUCUUUCAAUUCGAGGAUCCGGAGAGGUGUUUUCAUAGUCAUCUCCGAAUAUUUGCCAUCUCCGAAUAUUUUCGAUUUCAUUUUUCUAUGAUAUGUCUUUCUAUAUGAAAAUUGGUUAUUUACGAUGUACGAUGAUCCCUGUUAAGCAUCCAUGGCUGAAUGGUUAAAGCGCCCAACUCAUAAUUGGUAAAUUUGCGGGUUCAAUUCCUGCUGGAUGCACGCGAACGGGAACGGUCUAUUGGAAUUGGCUCUCUAUCCAUGGAAUCUCAUCCAUCAUCCAUACAUAACGAAUUGGUAUGGUAUAUUCAUACCAUAACAUAAGAACAAUAAGAACUCGAAUUCUUAUCGAUACUGGAACUCAGAGCAUAGGGGGGAAAGUCGAUUUAUGGAUGGAAUCAAAUACGCAGUAUUUACAGAAAAGAGUCUUCGUUUAUUGGGAAAGAAUCAAUAUACUUUUAAUGUCGAAUCGGGAUUCACUAAGACAGAAAUAAAGCAUUGGGUCGAACUCUUCUUUGGUGUUAAGGUAGUAGCUGUGAAUAGCCAUCGACUACCCGGAAAGGGUAGAAGAAUGGGACCUAUUCUGGGACAUACAAUGCAUUACAGACGUAUGAUCAUUACCCUUCAACCGGGUUAUUCUAUUCCACUUCUAGAUAGAGAAACGAACUAAAGGAGAAUACUUAAUAAUACGGCGAAACAUUUAUACAAAACACCUAUCCCGAGCACACGCAAGGGAACCGUAGACAGGCAAGUGAAAUCCAAUCCACGAAAUAAAUUGAUCCAUGGACGGCACCGUUGUGGUAAAGGUCGUAAUGCCAGAGGAAUCAUUACCGCAAGGCAUAGAGGGGGAGGUCAUAAGCGCCUAUACCGUAAAAUCGAUUUUCGACGGAAUCAAAAAGACAUAUCUGGUAGAAUCAUAACCAUAGAAUACGACCCUAAUCGAAAUGCAUACAUUUGUCUCAUACACUAUGGGGAUGGUGAGAAGAGAUAUAUUUUACAUCCCAGAGGGGCUAUAAUUGGAGAUACUAUUGUUUCUGGUACAAAAGUUCCUAUAUCAAUGGGAAAUGCCCUACCUUUGAGUGCGGUUUGAACUAUUGAUUUACGUAAUUGGAAGUAACCAAUUAGGUUUACGACGAAACCUAGAAAUCGAUCACUGAUCCAAUUUGACUACCUCUACGGGAUAGACCUCAACAGAAAACUGUUGAGUAACGGCAGCAAGUGAUUGAGUUCAGUAGUUCCUCAUAGAAAAUUAUUGACUCUAGAGAUAUGGUAAUAUGGAGAAGACAAAAUUGUUUGAAGCACGCACAGAACCGGAAGCGCCCCUUGUUUCAAAGAGAGGAGGACGGGUUAUUCACAUUUAAUUUGAUGGUCAGAGGCGAAUUGAAAGUUAAGCAGUGGUAAUUAAGACCCCCGGGUGAAAAUAGGGAUGUCUCCUACGUUACCCAUAAUAUGUGGAAGUAUCGACGUAAUUUCAUAGAGUCAUUCGAUCUGAAUGCUACAUGAAGAACAUAAGCCAGAUGACGGAACGCGGAGACCUAGGAUGUAGAAGAUCAUAACAUGAGCGAUUCGGCGGAUUUGGAUUCCUUUUCUAUAUAUCCACUCAUGUGGUACUUCAUCAUACGAUUCAUAUAAGAUCCAUCUGUCUAGAGAUCGUCAUAUACAUCUAGAAAGCCGUAUGCUUUGGAAGAAGCUUGUACAGUUUGGGAAGGGGUUUUUUGAGAAAAAAGAAGAAUCUACUUCAACCGAUAUGCCCUUAGGCACGGCCAUACAUAACAUAGAAAUCACACGUGGAAGGGGUGGGCAAUUAGCUAGAGCAGCAGGUGCUGUAGCGAAACUGAUUGCAAAAGAGGGUAAAUUGGCCACUUUAAGAUUACCAUCUGGGGAGGUCCGUUUGGUAUCCCAAAACUGCUUAGCAACAGUCGGACAAGUGGGUAAUGUUGGGGUGAACCAAAAAAGUUUGGGUAGAGCCGGAUCUAAGUGUUGGCUAGGUAAACGCCCCGUAGUAAGAGGGGUAGUUAUGAACCCUGUGGACCACCCCCAUGGGGGUGGUGAAGGGAAAGCCCCCAUUGGUAGAAAAAAACCCACAACCCCUUGGGGUUAUCCUGCGCUUGGAAGAAGAACUAGGAAAAGGAAAAAAUAUAGUGAUAGUUUUAUUCUUCGUCGCCGUAAGUAAAUACGUAACUAGGAAUAUGGAAAAUUGCAUUUUUGGAAUUUGCAAUAAUGCGAUGGGCGAACGACGGGAAUUGAACCCGCGCAUGGUGGAUUCACAAUCCACUGCCUUGAUCCACUUGGCUACAUCCGCCCCUUAUCCAGCUAAAGGAUUUUCUCUUUUUUCCAUUCAUUAUUAUUCUAUUUAUUCUGACCUCCAUACCUCGAUCGAGAUAGUGGACAUAGGAUGCCACUCUUUAAAAUGAAAAAAAGGAGUAAUCAGCUGUGACACGAAAAAAAACGAAUCCUUUUGUAGCUCGUCAUUUAUUGGCAAAAAUCGAAAAGGUCAAUAUGAAGGAGGAGAAAGAAAUAAUAGUAACGUGGUCCCGGGCAUCUAGCAUUCUACCCGCAAUGGUUGGCCAUACAAUCGCGAUUCAUAAUGGAAAAGAACAUAUACCUAUUUACAUAACAAAUCCUAUGGUAGGUCGCAAAUUGGGGGAAUUCGUGCCUACUCGGCAUUUCACGAGUUAUGAAAGUACAAGAAAGGAUACUAAAUCUCGUCGUUAAUUGAAUUCAGAAUAGAAAGAUUCAGAAUAAACAAAAUUUAUAGGAUUCAAAUAAUCAAAUAAAGUAAAGGUAGGCGGGUAAUAACCUUAUUUAUGACAAGUUUCAAAUUGGUAAAGUAUACCCCUAGGAUAAAGAAGAAGAAGGGGCUGAGAAAACUCGCAAGAAAAGUUCCAACCGAUCGUCUACUUAAAUUCGAACGGGUUUUCAAAGCACAAAAACGCAUACAUAUGUCUGUUUUCAAAGCACAAAGAGUUCUAGAUGAGAUUCGCUGGCGUUACUACGAGGAAACCGUUAUGAUACUGAAUCUCAUGCCUUAUCGAGCAUCGUAUCCCAUCUUAAAGUUGGUUUAUUCGGCAGCAGCAAAUGCUACUCAUUAUAGGGAUUUCGACAAAACGAAUUUAUUCAUCACUAAAGCCGAAGUCAGUAGGAGUACUAUUAUGAAAAAAUUCAGACCUCGAGCUCGAGGACGUAGUUAUUCUAUAAAAAAAACGAUGUGUAAUAUAACAAUUGUACUAAAUAUAGUAAAGAAAUCAAAAUAAUCUUUAGAUCAAUCUAAGAUUUCGAUUCCCAGUAAAAAAAAAAGAAAUAUAAUAGAAAAAUAUGGGACAAAAAAUAAAUCCACUCGGUUUCAGACUUGGUACAACCCAAAAUCACCAUUCCUUUUGGUUCGCACAACCAAAAAAUUAUUCUGAAGGUCUACAGGAAGAUAAAAAAAUACGGAAUUGUAUCAAGAACUAUAUACAAAAGAAUAGGAAAAAAGGCUCGAAUAGAAAAAUGGAAUCAGACUCAAGUUCUGAAGUAAUUACACAUAUAGAAAUUCAAAAAGAAAUCGAUACAAUCCACGUCAUAAUCCAUAUUGGAUUCCCCAACUUAUUAAAGAAAAAGGGAGCAAUCGAAGAAUUAGAGAAAGAUCUCCAAAAGGAAGUUAAUUCUGUAAACCAGAGACUUAAUAUUGCUAUCGAAAAGGUUAAAGAACCUUAUAGACAACCUAAUAUUCUUGCGGAAUAUAUAGCUUUCCAAUUAAAAAAUAGAGUUUCAUUCCGAAAAGCAAUGAAAAAAGCUAUUGAAUUAACUAAAAAAGCGGAUAUAAAGGGAAUAAAAAUCCAAAUUGCGGGUCGUCUAGCAGGAAAAGAAAUUGCACGUGCCGAAUGCAUCAAAAAGGGUAGACUACCCCUCCAAACAAUUCGCGCUAAAAUUGAUUAUUGCUGCUAUCCAAUUCGAACUAUCUAUGGAGUAUUAGGUGUCAAAAUUUGGAUAUUCGUAGAAGAAGAAUAACUAACCAUGUCUUCCCAUUCCGCCCAGUGAUAGAAUAAAAAAGACAAGAACCUUGUUUUUCCAAAAAUCCCUAAAAAAAAGAAGAAAGUAUCCCUCUUUCUAUAAGAUUUAAUGAAAAUUAAGAAAUCUUUUAAUAUAAUUGCUAUGCUUAGUGUGUGACUCGUUAGUUUUUUCUUUAGGGUCAAAAAUGGAAAAAAACUUAGUAAUGAUAGAAAAUUAACUAAUAACCAACCUAUUGCUUCGUAUUGUCGAGAUCCUAACUAAGAAACAGUCACUAUGUGAAUAAAUACAUCUAUCAAAAAUGAGUAGAUCUAUCAUAUAGUUGUAGCAACUGCAUUUUUUUCUCUACAAAAGAAACCUGAUUCUAGGCUGUGAAGCAAAACUAAAGGGAUGUGGAUAAAAGGAGGGAUGAUAGAUAGAAGGAAGAAGAAUAAGAAAGAUAUAGGAUUCCCAUAUGUAUGGUCUAUGAAUUACAUCAUAAAAAAAAGGCAAUGUGAUAAAGCAUCAAUAUAAUAAAAUUCUCAAAAAAAAGAGAGAAUUCGAAAUCGUAACUUGACUUUUGAAACAACAAAUAAAAAUAUAAAGCAAUAAAUAAAGAGCAGCCGGGUUAAUAAAACUGAGAAAAUUGACUCGGAAAAAAAAAUUGGAAGCUCCAUUGCAGGAUUCAAACCUAACCAUUAAAGGAGAAGCUGUGGGAACGACAAAACCUAUGACUACAUAGGAUUUUAUUGAAAAGAAUCCUAACACUUCAUUGGGUGGGAUGGCGGAACAAACCAAAAAAAUUGCUUUAUUUGAUAAGGUUCUAAAUUAACAAAUAAGACAGGAAAGAGUAAAUAUUCGCCCGCGAAAUCCUUAUUGGAUUAGAAUACUUUACCACGAUUCAAUAAGAAUAAAAAAAAAGGAGAUUCCAAAAAAGGAAGGAUUACAUUUUAUAUAAAUAUUGAAUUUGGAUAUAUUCUAGAUCUUCUUUCUUGACUAUAUAUUUAUUUUUCUUUUUUAAGUUUAAGAAAGUCAAAAUCAAAAAAACCUAACUUUUUCUAUUAUAUAUUGAUGUGUAUCUAUCUAUAAUAUUUUUGAAUAUUAUGGAAUUAGAGAAAUGACAUUCGCACGCUUUCUCAUUUCAUUCGCGAGGAGCUGGAUGAGAAGAAACUCUCAUGUCCAGUUUUGUAGUAGAGAUGGAACUAAGAAAGAACCAUCGACUAUAACCCCAAAAGAACUAGAUUUCGUAAACAACAUAGAGGAAGAAUGAAGGGAAAAUCCUGCCGAGGCAAUCAUAUUUGUUUUGGUAGAUAUGCUCUUCAAGUACUUGAACCCGCUUGGAUCACCGCGAGACAGAUAGAAGCAGGACGAAGAGCAAUGACACGAUAUGCACGUCGUGGUGGAAAAAUAUGGGUGCGUAUAUUUCCCGACAAACCGGUUACAAUAAGACCCACAGAAACACGUAUGGGCUCGGGAAAGGGAUCCCCCGAAUAUUGGGUAGCCGUUGUUAAACCAGGUCGAAUACUUUAUGAAAUGAGCGGAGUAUCCGAAACUGUAGCUAGAGCAGCUAUCUCUAUAGCUGCCAGUAAAAUGCCCAUACGAAGUCAAUUUCUUCGAUUAGAGAUAUAGAACCCCAAAAAGGAAUAUUGAAGAUAAAAAACCCCUGGUUUUUCUUUCUGGAAAGACAAUAUUUCUUUCAUCCUUUUGCAUUGAAAUAACAAAUGGAAAUCCAAAUAAUAUGAUUCAACCUCAGACCCUUUUAAAUGUAGCAGAUAACAGUGGAGCUCGAAAAUUGAUGUGUAUUCGAGUCAUAGGAGCCGCUGGUAAUCAGCGAUAUGCUCGUAUUGGUGAUGUUAUUAUUGCUGUAAUCAAAGACGCAGUGCCCCAAAUGCCUCUAGAAAGAUCCGAAGUAAUUCGAGCUGUAAUUGUACGUACACGUAAAGAAUUCAAAGGCGACGACGGUAUAAUAAUACGCUAUGAUGACAAUGCAGCAGUUAUCAUUGAUCAAAAAGGAAAUCCAAAAGGAACUCGAGUUUUUGGCGCGGUUGCCGAAGAAUUAAGAGAAUUGAAUUUGACUAAAAUAGUUUCAUUAGCUCCUGAAGUAUUAUAAAUACUAGUAGACGAGAUAUAGAUCAAAGAAAAAAUUAGUAGAUUUUGUCUCACGUAUAUGCUUAAAAAUCCUAAAUUUAAAGAAAAGGGAAAACAUGUUGAUUAUAGAAAAAUUAGGAGGAACCUAGAAUUAGAGUCUUAUGGGCAAGGACACUAUUGCUGAUUUACUAACCUCUAUAAGAAACGCAGACAUGAAUAAAAAAGGAACUGUUCGAGUAGUAUCCACAAAUAUUACCGAAAACAUUGUUAAAAUACUUCUACGAGAGGGUUUUAUUGAAAGUGUUCGGAAACAUCAGGAAAGUAACAGAUAUUUCUUGGUUUCAACUUUGCGACAUCAAAGGAGAAAGACUAGAAAGGGAAUAUAUAGAACUAGAACCUUUUUAAAGCGUAUCAGCCGACCUGGCUUACGAAUUUAUGCCAACUAUCAAGGAAUUCCUAAGGUUUUGGGCGGAAUGGGAAUUGCUAUUCUUUCUACUUCUCGAGGUAUAAUGACAGAUCGAGAAGCUCGACUAAACAGAAUUGGGGGAGAAGUUUUAUGUUAUAUAUGGUAAUGGCCCCACCUAUAGUACCCAAAUUCUAUCUCGAACUUCCUAUUUUGAAAAUAAAAAUAGAAAAAUAGGAGAAAAAUAUAUGACAGAAAAAAAAAAUAGUAGAGAAAAAAAAAACCCGAGAGAAGCAAAAGUCACUUUCGAAGGUUUAGUUACGGAAGCCCUACCCAACGGAAUGUUCCGCGUUCGCCUAGAGAAUGACACGAUCAUCCUGGGCUAUAUUUCAGGAAAGAUCCGGUCUAGUUCUAUACGAAUACUGAUGGGGGAUAGGGUCAAAAUUGAAAUAAGUCGUUAUGAUUCCAGCAAAGGUCGUAUAAUUUAUAGACUUCCCCAUAAGGAUUCGAAGCGUACCGAAGACUCGAAGGAUACUGAAGAUUUGAAGGAUACCAAAGAUUCAAAGGAUUAGGUUUUUCUGGGGUAAUAACUUCCAAGUUUCAAAAUUUAAGUGAAGAGACUUAUUUUUUCCAAAAGAAUAGAUUCAUAGUUUAAGAAAGGAAUACCCAUAUAUGAAAAUAAGAGCUUCCGUUCGUAAAAUUUGUACAAAAUGUCGACUGAUUCGCAGGCGUGGGCGAAUUAGAGUCAUUUGUUCCAAUCCGAAGCAUAAACAAAGACAGGGGUAAUCUUUCGAAAAAGAAGCUUUUCUUUCUAAUAGCUUUUCUUUCUAAUUAAAGUAAAAAGUACCCACGGAAAUGCCCAAAUUGCAAAUAAAAAAAAUGAAAGUAAAGGAUAUAUUUUAACCUGAAACGGAUAUCUUUGUAUCUUUUUUCUUUUUGUUAUUUCUAACUCAUAUUUAUGAGAUAAUAAAAUAUGACAAAAGCUAUACCAAAAAUAGGUUCACGUAAGAAAGUGCGUAUUGGUUUGCGUAGGAAUGCCCGUUUUAGUUUACGGAAGAGUGCACGUAGAAUAACAAAAGGGAUUAUUCAUGUUCAAGCUAGUUUCAACAAUACCAUUAUAACCGUUACAGACCCACAAGGUCGGGUCGUUUUCUGGUCCUCCGCAGGUACUUGUGGAUUCAAAAGCUCAAGAAAAGCAUCACCCUAUGCUGGUCAAAGAACAGCAGUAGAUGCUAUUCGUACAGUGGGUUUGCAACGAGCAGAAGUUAUGGUAAAAGGUGCUGGUAGCGGAAGAGAUGCCGCAUUACGAGCCAUUGCUAAAAGUGGUGUACGGUUAAGUUGUAUACGCGAUGUAACACCUAUGCCGCAUAAUGGAUGUCGACCUCCUAAAAAAAGACGUCUGUAAAAAAAAAUGAAACCGCUUUCAAGAGAAAUAAACGAUUCAAUGAUCAAAUAAUACUAGUCUGUUAUGGUUCGAGAAGAGAUAACAGGAUCCACUCAAACACUAGAGUGGAAGUGUGUUGAAUCAAGAGUAGAUAGUAAACGUCUUUAUUAUGGUCGUUUCAUUCUGUCUCCGCUUAGAAAAGGUCAAGCGGAUACUGUCGGUAUUGCCUUGCGAAGAGCUUUACUUGGAGAAAUAGAAGGAACAUGUAUCACACGCGCCAAAUUUGGGAACGUGCCACAUGAAUAUUCCACAAUAGUAGGUAUUGAAGAAUCCAUACAAGAAAUUUUACUAAAUUUGAAAGAAAUUGUAUUGAGAAGUAAUCUCUAUGGAGUUAGAGACGCAUCAAUUUGCGUCAAAGGUCCUAGAUACAUAACCGCUCAAGAUAUAAUCUUACCGCCUUCCGUAGAAAUCGUUGAUACGACACAACCUAUAGCUAACUUGAGAGAACCCGUUGAUUUCUGUAUUGAGUUACAGAUCAAGAGAGAUCGCGCAUAUCAUACGGAACUCAGAAAGAACUCUCAAGAUGGAAGUUAUCCUAUAGAUGCUGUAUUCAUGCCUGUUCGAAAUGUGAAUUAUAGUAUUUUUUCUUGUGGGAAUGGAAAUGAAAAACACGAGAUACUUUUUUUAGAAAUAUGGACGAAUGGAAGUUUAACUCCUAAAGAAGCGCUUUAUGAAGCUUCUCGUAAUUUGAUUGAUUUAUUUCUUCCUUUUCUACACACAGAGGAAGAGGGCACUAGUUUCGAAGAAAAUAAAAACAGGUUAACUCCACCCCUUUUAACCUUUCAAAAAAGAUUCACUAAUCUAAAGAAAAACAAAAAAGGAAUUCCAUUGAAUUGUAUUUUUAUUGAUCAAUUAGAAUUGCCUUCUAGAACGUAUAAUUGUCUCAAAAGGGCCAAUAUACAUACACUAUUGGACCUUUUGAGUAAGACUGAAGAAGAUCUUAUGCAAAUUAAUAGUUUUCGUAUGGAAGAUGGAAAACUGAUAUGGGACACUCUAGAGAAGCAUCUCCCAAUUGAUUUACCUAAGAACAAGUUCUCGCUUUAAAUCAUUGCAAUUUUUUCCUCUUCUUCUUUUUUGAGUUAGAAUAAAAAGAAAAAAGAAAGCAAUUUGGCAUCUUUGGCAUAAUCUAUAUUUUCGCGAAAUGGAUCAUAAUAAAAUAGAUUUUAGGUAUCUAGGGAAGAUUCACUUGGAAGUAACUAUUUCCUAGAUACCCAUGCAGGGGACUUCGCGGUGGAAUGAAUCAACUCGAAAAAUCCCUAAACUAAAAAAGACCUAAAGUUAAGGAUUUAUCAAUGGGUAAUGUUGCUCCAAUACCUAACCAAAGAGCUACUGCAGUACCGAUUAAAAAAACGGUCGUAGCUACUGGGCGACGAAAUGGAUUUUGGAAUUUAUUGACAUUCUCUAGAAAGGGUACUGUCAAUAAGCCCGUUGGCACAGAAACCAUUAAGAGAACGCCCAAUAACUUAUUGGGUACUGUACGGAGUAUUUGAAAUACGGGAAAGAAGUACCACUCGGGUAAUAUUUCCAAAGGAGUUGCAAACGGAUCCGCCGGUUCACCAAUCAUUGACGGCUCUAGAACCGCUAAACCUACAUUACACGCAAUAGUACCUAGAAUUACUACUGGAAAAAUGUAUAAAAGAUCGUUGGGCCACGCGGGUUCCCCAUAAUAAUUAUGUCCCAUCCCUUUAGCUAAUUUUGCUCUUAAUACAGGAUCAUUUAAGUCAGGUUUCUUUGUUAUUGGGAUAGGUGAAUUCUUUAGGAUCCAUCCCCCAAAGGAACCGGACAUGAGAAUUUUUCAUCAUCCGGCUCGAGCAAGAAUGAAAGAAAUAAGACCGUGGAGGAUCCACAAUAGAAUAGGGGUAUAUAAUGACUCAAUGACUCAAGGUAAGAAAAACUUUAUCAAAUUAUCUUUUCCGAAGUUGCGCCUAUAACUACUCAUUGAAAAGAAUCCUAUUCUUAUGCUUAAAUGCUCAAUAUCCAAGUGGGCUUACAAAUUUGAUCAUGAUCAAUUGCUUUGUGGAUUGUCUCUUGAUUAGUUGUUGUUUAUCCCCUCGAUAUCGCAAGUUUCUUAUGUCCAAACAAAGUAUUUACUUGUUACUAAUAAAAAAUCAAAAAGUUUAGCCUGCGUUCUUCCUUAGAUCCCUUCUUUUACUCCGAUAGUAUUGCGGAUCAAAAUCGAUGCAAAGAAAAUGAAUGCAUUUCCAUACUAUAAUAAAAAGUAAGUGUAAUAAAAAUUGAAUUGGAUCAUAUCACAUGACUUAUUCCAUUUAUACUCUAUAGGAUCUUACGGAGCCUGUUCAUGGAUGACAUGGUUGGUGGGGUAUGAUCAUAGAAAAUAUUCUCCUCGAGUGAACCAGCCUAUCCUUCCUAGAUAGGGGACUUACGUGUUGAUUGGAUGCGGAGACACCUUUGGUCGUGAAUUCUAAUGUGGCAGAUCCAAUUCUCUAUCUGCAUGGCCAAAUUAAUAAUUCAAGUCACACACUCCCAUAAUCCGCCUUAUUUUCUUUCGUAAAAUUCACUUCAACUAUUUGUAUAAAAAUACUUCGAAGUUGAAGAGAAGUAUCCAAAUGACAUGUCUUAUUUUACAAUAACCCAUGUUUGUAGCAAUGAAAUACCACAACCUACCCGAUAUGAUAUAUGAGAAUUAGAAUUCUCUAUGCUAUGCCUUCCCUAUAACGGACCCGAAAUACCUUGCUUACGUAUCAUUGGAAAGUGCAUUAACAUAAAUACGGCAGUAAGCAGAGGUAGUACAAAGGUAUGUAAACUAUAAAAACGAGUCAAAGUGGAUUGGCCCACACUAGCACUUCCACGUAAUAAUUCCACUAAAGGGGACCCUAUUACCGGAAUAGCUUCGGGUACACCUGUAACAAUUUUGACUGCCCAAUAACCAAUUUGAUCCCAAGGCAAAGAAUAACCAGUUACACCAAAUGAUGCAGUCAAUACAGCCAAAACCACGCCUGUGACCCAAGUUAAUUCACGGGGUUUUUUAAAUCCACCUGUGAGAUACACACGAAAUACGUGCAGGAUCAUCAUUAGAACCAUCAUACUUGCUGACCAUCGAUGAACCGAUCGGAUUAACCAACCAAAGUUGGCCUCCGUCAUUAUAUAUUGAACGGAGGAAAAAGCCUCUGUAACGGUCGGUCGGUAGUAAAAAGUCAUAGCAAAACCGGUAGCGACUUGUACUAGAAAACAAGUAAGUGUAAUUCCCCCUAAACAAUAAAAUAUGUUGACAUGAGGAGGAACAUAUUUACUAGUUAUAUCAUCUGCAAUUGCCUGAAUCUCAAGACGUUCUUCAAACCAAUCAUAUACUUUAUUGAGAUAGGUAACUAGCCCGACUCCCCCUCCGAGAACCGUAUAUGAAAAUUUCAUCUCGUACGGCUCAAGCAGAAAUACACAAAUUUUCAACGGAUAUUAGAAAAAAAGGGUUCAAAACUCCAUCAGCCACGGUAUUGGAUCGAUUUGCCUUGAAGAUAUGAAAUAAGAAAAAUCCAGAAUUUCUUCUUUGUGAUAAUAAUGCCAAAAAAUCUCAAGUUGGCUCAUCUGUCUUUCUUUCCCUUAUGUUGAUCAUUAGAGGCCUCUUGACUUUUCUCUUCCCUAUUUUUUAUUGAUUUUAUUUUUUGACUAGUCAAAAAAUAAAAUCAAAAUUUCUAGUGGUUUUCUGAUAGAAAUUAUCUUGUUGCGAUCCUAUGAAUCAGUUCAAUUAAAACCUUAGAUUCAUACUAGAGCCACGAUGAUUCAGUCUCAAGAUAAACAAAAGGCAAGGGUUCUUCGAAUAAGAACCGCUUGAUGAUCAUUUAUUGAAAGAGAAAAGAGUUCUCUUUUGGGCAAACAAAAUUGGAAGGAAGAAAAUUUCUUUUUUUAUUAAGAACUACUUCAUUUUUUUUUUAAGUCUGGUUGCGAGGUCUAAAUAGUGAGUAUGAAUCAUAGUUCCUUUUUUUUUUGAUCCACUCUAUGUAUUUCGUGUUCCAGAUACUAGAAUAAAUAAUAUCUGACGAAUUAGAAUCAUCUUGAUAGAGAUAACAGGCCCCUUCUAUGUAUUAUCAAUAGGAUCAAUUCUAACAAGUCACACACUCAUAUUCCAGAGAUACCAAAACAAAAAAAUCCACGGUCGAACUACCAGAAUGUCUAGAAAUGUGGAGCUUAAAGUAGAAAGGCUUUUUUUGGAUGGAAAAACUAUGAAGUCAUAGUUUUAGUUAGUAGAAACCUAAUUCGUUAAAAUUCCGUCCAGUAAAACAGAAGAAUUAUAAAUUUCUAAAAUUAUAGAUAGGAAUAUCGCGAAUAAAGCCAUUGCGACCCCCAUAAAAGGAGUAGUCCCCCAACCCGGAGCAACUUUCCCAUAUUCCGAAUUCAAGGGUUUCAAUAAACUACCUGCGCCAGUCCGUUUUGGCUUAGGUCUAGAACUAUCUUCAACGGUUUGUGUAGCCAUAAAUUCUAUUUAAUCAUUGGUGUUGACUUUGUAUACUAUUCCGUUGUAGUUGUAAAUACACGAUCUUUUCAUAGAUCCAUUGUAAUCUUGAAAUUCUAUAAAAAUGGAAACAGCAACUUUAGUCGCCAUCUCCAUAUCUGGUUUACUUGUAAGCUUUACUGGGUAUGCCUUAUAUACCGCGUUUGGGCAACCCUCUCAACAAUUAAGAGAUCCAUUCGAAGAACAUGGGGACUAAUUGAAGUAAGAAGUCUCCCCUCCGGGGGACUUCUUACUUCAAUUAAAUUAUUUCAUUUCUUAGUCGGAACCUUAGGUGGUUCUCGGAAGAAGAUAGCGAAAAAAAUUAUCCCUAAAGUCGAAACUAAAAGGAACGUAUAAACCAAUGCUUCCAUAGAUUCGAUCCUGGUUUAUUUACAAUUAUAACUUCCACACCUAUUCACUUAUCAUUUGGGAUCAUUUCCCAUAUAAAAAAAGAAAAAGAGUCAAAGAAAGGACAGGAGAUGUUCCUCAUGUCAAAUCAAACAAAAAAUGGAGGUGAAAGAUACCAUAGCAAUGUGGUAUCAGGCUGCCUGUCUCCUUGUAGUUGGAUCUCCAACUUUUUGGAAUGUUCCAAAUUCCACUUGAGCAUCCAAGUCUGGAUCAAUACCAGCAAAAACAUCUCGGAACAAGGUUCGAGCGCCAUGCCAAAUGUGUCCGAAAAAGAAGAGCAAAGCAAAGGUAGCAUGACCAAAAGUGAACCAACCCCUUGGACUGCUGCGAAAAACACCAUCUGAUUUCAAAGUAGCUCGAUCUAAUUCAAAAAUUUCCCCUAAUUGAGCACGCCGCGCAUAUUUUUUUACAGUAGCAGGAUCAGAAUAACUUACUCCAUUAAGUUCGCCACCAUAGAACUCCACCGUUACGCCUACUUGUUCAACACUAUAUUUGGAUUCUGCUCUUCUAAAAGGAACGUCCGCUCUCACAAUUCCCUCUUCAUCUACCAAAACGACCGGAAAUGUUUCAAAAAAAGUAGGCAUACGACGUACAAAAAGCUCGCGUCCUUCUUUAUCUCUAAAGACGGGAUGUCCUAACCAUCCAACAGCUAUGCCAUCCCCAUUGUCCAUUGAGCCUGCUCUGAAUAAUCCCCCCUUUGCCGGAUUAUUACCAAUAUAAUCAUAAAAGGCUAAUUUUUCGGGAAUUUUAGACCAAGCUUCUGAUAAACUAAGAUUUUCGGCUAACCCAUCGCUAACUCUUCGAUAUAUUUCUUGCUGAAAGUAUCCCUGAUCCCACUGAUAACGAGUAGGCCCAAAUAAUUCGAUUGGGGUAGUUGCUGAUCCAUACCACAUAGUUCCGGCAACUACGAAAGCAGCAAAAAAAACAGCAGCGAUACUACUGGAAAGUACAGUUUCAAUAUUGCCCAUACGUAACCCUUUGUAUAGACGUUGAGGCGGACGGACACUUAGAUGGAAUAGGCCCGCUAAUAUGCCCAAAGUACCCGCAGCAAUAUGAUGCGAAGCUAUUCCUCCCGGAACGAAAGGAUCAAAACCUUCUGCACCCCACGCAGGAUUUACAGCUUGUACUUUUCCAGUGAGUCCGUAAGGAUCGGACACCCAUAUCCCAGGGCCAUAUAAACCCGUUACAUGAAAUGCACCAAAGCCAAAACAAGCCACCCCUGCAAGAAAUAAAUGAAUUCCAAAGAUCUUGGGCAAAUCCAAAGAAGGUUUUCCCGUCCGCUCAUCACAGAAUAUUUCUAGGUCCCAAUAUACCCAAUGCCAGAUAGCUGCCAAGAAACACAAGCCAGAAAACACAAUAUGCGCACCUGCCACACCUUCAUAACUCCAAAUACCCGGAUUCGUUACAGUUCCUCCUGAAAUACUCCAACCACCCCACGAAUUCGUUAUUCCUAAACGAGUCAUGAAGGGGAUGACGAACAUACCUUGUCUCCACAUUGGAUCCAGAACAGGAUCAGAGGGAUCAAAAACCGCUAAUUCGUAUAAAGCCAUCGAACCAGCCCAACCAGAAACUAGAGCUGUGUGCAUUAUAUGCACCGAAAGCAAUCGACCCGGAUCAUUCAAUACGACAGUAUGAACACGAUACCAAGGCAAACCCAUGGAAAUACCCCUUUAGCAAAGAAAAAUAGACACGAUGUCGCUUUAUUUUAUCGCAUUGGAAAAGACUAUCCAUACUUAUUCUAUGUACCUAACCCUUCUAGGGGAUUCUAUGUCAGAAAGCGUGAAUAUUUAUUUCAUUCCAUUAAAAAUAACAAGCCAAUUCUGUUUGUAAGAAGAAAGAGAAGCAGAUCUAUUCUAUACUCGAUAAGUGCCAAUAUGCAAUGGGUAGCUUGGGCUAUUUGGAAAAACGAAGAAUAGAUCCUUCAUCCCUCUUUGUUUAUCAUUCAAAUCACGGAUUCUUUUUUCUUUAUUCAAUCUGUUUUACCUUCCUUAUAUGUAGAAUAUUUCAAUCUAUGUAUUAAUAGAAUCUAUAGUAUUCUUAUAGAAUAA